AUGGAUAUCAAGACCUUGCUGGACAAUCUUCACGAUGAAGUAUCCUGCUCUGUGUGUAUGUGUACAUUCACUGAUCCAAAGCAGUUGCCUUGUUUGCACAGUUUCUGUCUUCAUUGCCUGAACGAAAUUCAACGAACGAGCGGCGUCCAUGGAAAAAUUAGAUGUCCCGAGUGUAGAAGACAGUUUCAGAUUUCUGGAAGUGGAAAUCCCAGCGAACUUCCCACCAAUUUUCGAAUAAACAGCCUGCUAGAUGUCUUAGCAAUAAAAGAGUGCAGUACAGUCAACGUGAAAUGCAGAAACUGCCAGAAACGGAGCUCCCAGACCUCGUAUUGUUUCCAGUGUUGUUCCUUCUGGUGUGAAGAAUGUAUUGUAGGACACAACAUAAUGCGAGAAAAUAAAGACCACAGAACGCUAGCGCUGAAAGAUUUUCAAGAUCAAGACAUCAAGGCUGUUUUAGAGCGACCAGCAUUUUGUCAGAAGAAACACCAUGAAAACAAAGAGUUGGAGCUCUUUUGCAAGGACUGUAAAGUCGCCAUCUGUAGCGCUUGUGCCAUGACACUUCAUGAUAAUCAUGUCAAGAUGCUUUUGCAAGAAGCUACGGAUGCCCGCAAGACACAGAUCAAAUCCACUAUUAAAUCUUUGAAAGACAAAGCACUGGAAAAACGAAAGAAAGUGGAAGAAAUCAACCAAAAGAGCAUCGAACUUCAAUCGCAAGUAGCCGACGUAAAAAGCCAAGUGCAGUCUUUUGUAGACCAAAUUAUUGCAAUCAUCGAAGCGAGGAAACAGGAUGUUUUUGAAGUGAUUGAUAAUCAAGCGAAAAAAUCGCUGGAAUCUCUCUCACAUAAAAAAGACGAAGUGGACAAACAAGUGAAAUUAAUUGAAUCAGCAAUUGAACAAACUGAAACUCUGUUGAAACGAAACUUUAGCACUGAAAUCCUUGGAUUCAGUGAAACAUUUGAUACAAUCCUGCGGGAACAGAGCAGUCAAGAAAACCGUGACACUGAAUGUAUUCCUCGAUUUAGUUUUACUAAAAGUGAAAAACUGAUUAACCUUUUGAACAUGAGCGAGGGGAUAGGUAAUGUAGAAUUUGUUGUUAACGAACCUAAAGCGCAACAAUCGGGAACUAAAGGUAAAGAAAAUAGUAGAGUAAUUGCUGGGAAUAAAGGGGCAAAUGUUCGUGACAGUCCUCUUGAGACUCAGGUACAAACCAGGCGCUUCAGAUCUGUGCUGUCAUUUGGACAAAAAGGUGAGUUUGUUGGAAUGCUUAACAGUCCCUGGGGGGUGGCAGUGAAUGAUCGUGAUGAAAUUGCUGUGACUGAAUACCGGAACCACAGGGUUUCAGUGUUUAGUUGUGACGGUACCCACUUAAGAUCGUUUGGUAGGGAAGGUCAGAAUAAUGGUGAGUUCUGGGACCCUAAAGGGAUCGCUUUUGAUAGUCAUGGCAAUAUUGUAGUGGUGGACUGUUGGAACCACAGGGUGCACGUCUUUGAUAGGAAUGGUAAAUUUCUUAGUAAGGUUGGUCCAAAAGGAAUUAGAGAUGAACGGCUUAAUUUCCCUGAAGGUUUAUCAAUAAACGGCAACGGUGAUAUUAUUGUUGCUGAUCAGGGCCACAAAUUAAUCAAGAUAUUCUCUUCUAGUGGGAAGUAUUCACGUAAAUUUGGUGGAGCUGGUUCUCUGGUAAAACCCCAUCAUUGUAUUCAACACGGUCAAUAUUUUAUAGUCUCAGACGGUGGUGAUCAUUCGAUUAAAAUGUUUGAUCUGGGGGGGAAGCUGAUUUCUAAAUUUGGAAAACAGGGAAACAAGGAUGGAGAGUUCAAUAAGCCCUGUUGCUUGUCAGUUAACAAAGAAGGAUUGCUAAUGGUCUGUGAUGCAGAAAAUCACAGAGUUCAGGUAUUUGAACUGAGUGGAAAGUUUGUUACAAAGUUUGGAAGUGAAGGUAGUGAGAGAGGAAAGUUCAACUUUCCAAGGUCUACAGCAAAUCUUAGUGAUGGAAGGAUAGUUGUGUGUGAUAUGGACAACCACCGAAUCCAGGUUUUUGACAAGAUAUAAUAUGAUCUUACCAGUGGUAUAAUUAUUGUUGAAAAGUUCAAAUUGGUUUUGUAGAAUAAGAAACCGUAAUUUUUCGAACAACCCCAUCUCGUGAGGUAUUUGUCACUGUUGACCUUUUCUAGGGGGUUGCCCUCGCAUGUAGUUUGUCUCUUCUGAGAAUGUAAUAAUAAAUUAUAGAAAUAGCUGAAAUGACAUUCAGCUUGUAAAUAUAUUUUAACUUGUAACCUUUUUUCAUAUGUAUUGUAGUAUUGUUGAAUUGCCGAUUAUAGUUUAAUAAGGUUGUUCAAUUUUUUGGUAUCAAAAUUGUUUUGUAUGUUGUACCCCUUUUCAUUUUCUUUCCAGCAGUUGCUAGUUGUUAGCUUGUGUAUUUUUGGAAGUAUUUUUCCCGCGCCCUCAGCUCAAGUACCAUUUUUUUUUUUUAUCAGGAUAUUCAGGUCUGUUAAAUUAUAACAUAUACAUUUACAGAAUUGUAUACCGUUUUGUUGAAAAUGCAUUAAAGGAUAAUCAAAUAUGAAGAAUGCUUUCUUUCUUCAAAUUUAUCGUUGUUAAUGAGACCAUCAUGUGUUGGCGUUAAACUUACCAGUACUUCAUUAAAGUUCAAGUGUAAAAUAAUGUGUAUAGCACGCUUGUACUAAUUGAGGACAGUAUUUUUACGUCUCUUCUCCUAGAAUGGACCGUCAUUAUAUGUCCAGUGAUCAUCCGAGCCGCGUAAAGGUCUACUGAGCAGCAGUUUGUAGGACAAGGCAACCGUGUAGUCGAACCCCUCUUUAAUCAAAAAACCGAAAAAUCAUCUUUUGCCCAUUUUUUCACCUGAUUUUACUGACGUUAAAUGGCCAGAUUUGGUUGUUUUUUGAUGAAAAGUGAAUUUUUGUCAAAUGGCUUGGUACUUUUGCUUGAGGACAAACUCAUAGUACUUUUGCUUGAAGACACCUCAUUUUUUGUCCCUGGGGAAAAAAAGCCCUUACACAGUUUUCUCUUAAUUCAACCCGCUUAAUAUGGACACUUUCGUCUCAUUCCAAUCUUUUUUCAACAAGACUAUCGGCAGCCACUGUUUGGACCUACAAAAGCAAAUUUACCGUUUGCUUUCUACAUAGUUUGCAUUUCGACUCAAAGGAUUUCUAGAUAAAACAGGGCGUGGCUGGUCACGCGAUGCAGUUAUAAACAAUUUUUCACAUGAACUUUGAAGAUUUCUUAGUUAUGAUUAGCCUUAAUUUAUUAGACCUGGGAUACCGUAAAAUUCCGAAAAUAAGCCCCGGGACUUAUAUUUUCCAAAGGCCCUUUUUGAAGGGCUUAUUUGUGGAGGGGCUCAUCUACGGAGGGAAAGAUGCGUUUCAAUAUCGAUUGGGCUAGCCUUAUAGUUGGAAGUAAAUUUACCAUUUUUGCUUUGUUUUACUUUGCAUUUGAGGGCAAUUUUGCUAGGGGGGUUAUAUUUGGAGGGGCGAUUUAACGGAGGGUUCAUGCGUCACCGGAUUGGGGGGCUUAUAUUUGAAGGGGCUUAUACAUGGAAGGGCUUAUUUUCGGAAUUUUACGGUAUCAUAAAAAAAGAAAAGUUACAUGUGACCACUUCCCUUUAAAAUUCUGACGAAUUUGUAAAGAACCAAGCCUUAAUCAAUUUGAGCCGUCAGGUGCUUUGAGAUUGGUCAAAAUUUGCUAAAUGAUGUACACGUAAACAUGUGCUCUAUCCUCGCCGAUAUUACUAAUUACCAUCUUAAUAGCUAGAAUUGAAAGCCUUAAGGGUCCAGGGAGAAUAAUAUGCAUGGGUCCAUAUGGACCCAAAACAACCAAAGCAGACGACAAAGAGUUUUAUCAAGCAAUGGACUACACUUUCUAUGGGCUUACCGGCGUGAUAAUCCCCUCGGCUCGUGAUUUACAAGCUUUUCGAGUGUUCUCCCGACAUCCCGCGGGGGUUAUCACGCCGGUAAACCCAUAGAAAGCGUGGUCUAUUGCUUCUAUAAAAUUACUUUAAGUUUUCUUUGAGUUUACCGGCACAAUAAACCAUAGGUUUUUAACCAAUCAGAACGCGCGUGCUAUCUUAGUUAUUCUAUAAAGGUAGAUAUCUGUUACAUCUACUAUAAACACUUCAGUUCAGGGCAUGUACUACAAGCUGUACGCAAGUGUAACCUGCGUAGCAAGUGCAUGAAUGGGAGGGGAGAGAAAGAACAUGGGAGCAGAUAAGGUUAUCUCCCGUCUCCUCUCCGGAGUGCCAUUGUCUUUACCUCGAGUAGCGAGGUCGCUGGCCGCAAAAAUUCCCUCGCGAGACGGCUGAGUCAUUGGAAAGCCCUCUCGUCCGACGGAAAAGUACAUUCUGACUUAUAUUUUUGUUUCUAUAGAAAGCCAAAGAGAUAACAGGAGCAGAGUUUAGUACAUCAGCCACUCACACAAGUGAUGGCAACCUUGUAAGCCUCUUGCGAUAG